AUGAAGCAGAAAGAUGAUGAGGACAAUCAGGUAAUGAAGCAGACAGAUGAUGAGCACAAUCAGGUAAUGAAGCAGACAGAUGAUGAGGACAAUCAGGUAAUGAAGCAGAAAGAUGAUGAGGACAAUCAGGUAAUGAAGCAGAAAGAUGAUGAGGACAAUCAGGUAAUGAAGCAGACAGAUGACGAGGACAAUCAGGUAAUGAAGCAGACAGAUGAUGAGGACAAUCAGGUAAUGAAGCAGACAGAUGAUGAGGACAAUCAGGUAAUGAAGCAGACAGAUGAUGAGCACAGUCAGGUAAUGAAGCAGACAGAUGAUGAGCACAAUCAGGUAAUGAAGCAGACAGAUGAUGAGGACAAUCAGGUAAUGAAGCAGACAGAUGAUGAGCACAAUCAGGUAAUGAAGCAGACAGAUGAUGAGGACAAUCAGGUAAUGAAGCAGAAAGAUGAUGAGGACAAUCAGGUAAUGAAGCAGAAAGAUGAUGAGGAUAAUCAGGUAAUGAAGCAGACAGAUGACGAGGACAAUCAGGUAAUGAAGCAGACAGAUGAUGAGGACAAUCAGGUAAUGAAGCAGACAGAUGAUGAGGACAAUCAGGUAAUGAAGCAGACAGAUGAUGAGCACAGUCAGGUAAUGAAGCAGACAGAUGAUGAGCACAAUCAGGUAAUGAAGCAGACAGAUGAUGAGGACAAUCAGGUAAUGAAGCAGACAGAUGAUGAGGACAGUCAGGUAAUGAAGCAGACAGAUGAUGAGGACAGUCAGGUAAUGAAGCAGACAGAUGACGAGGACAAUCAGGUAAUGAAGCAGACAGAUGAUGAGCACAGUCAGGUAAUGAAGCAGACAGAUGAUGAGGACAAUCAGGUAAUGAAGCAGACAGAUGAUGAGGACAAUCAGGUAAUGAAGCAGACAGAUGAUGAGGACAAUCAGGUAAUGAAGCAGACAGAUGAUGAGGACAAUCAGGUAAUGAAGCAGACAGAUGAUGAGGACAAUCAGGUAAUGAAGCAGACAGAUGAUGAGCACAGUCAGGUAAUGAAGCAGACAGAUGACGAGGACAAUCAGGUAAUGAAGCAGACAGAUGAUGAGCACAGUCAGGUAAUGAAGCAGACAGAUGAUGAGGACAAUCAGGUAAUGAAGCAGACAGAUGAUGAGCACAGUCAGGUAAUGAAGCAGACAGAUGAUGAGGACAAUCAGGUAAUGAAGCAGAAAGAUGAUGAGGACAAUCAGGUAAUGAAGCAGAAAGAUGAUGAGGACAAUCAGGUAAUGAAGCAGACAGAUGACGAGGACAAUCAGGUAAUGAAGCAGACAGAUGAUGAGGACAAUCAGGUAAUGAAGCAGACAGAUGAUGAGCACAGUCAGGUAAUGAAGCAGACAGAUGAUGAGCACAAUCAGGUAAUGAAGCAGACAGAUGAUGAGGACAAUCAGGUAAUGAAGCAGACAGAUGAUGAGGACAGUCAGGUAAUGAAGCAGACAGAUGAUGAGGACAGUCAGGUAAUGAAGCAGACAGAUGACGAGGACAAUCAGGUAAUGAAGCAGACAGAUGAUGAGCACAGUCAGGUAAUGAAGCAGACAGAUGAUGAGGACAAUCAGGUAAUGAAGCAGACAGAUGAUGAGGACAAUCAGGUAAUGAAGCAGACAGAUGACGAGGACAAUCAGGUAAUGAAGCAGACAGAUGAUGAGGACAAUCAGGUAAUGAAGCAGACAGAUGAUGAGCACAGUCAGGUAAUGAAGCAGACAGAUGACGAGGACAAUCAGGUAAUGAAGCAGACAGAUGAUGAGCACAGUCAGGUAAUGAAGCAGACAGAUGAUGAGGACAAUCAGGUAAUGAAGCAGACAGAUGAUGAGCACAAUCAGGUAAUGAAGCAGACAGAUGAUGAGGACAAUCAGGUAAUGAAGCAGACAGAUGAUGAGCACAGUCAGGUAAUGAAGCAGACAGAUGACGAGGACAAUCAGGUAAUGAAGCAGACAGAUGAUGAGCACAGUCAGGUAAUGAAGCAGACAGAUGAUGAGGACAAUCAGGUAAUGAAGCAGACAGAUGAUGAGGACAAUCAGGUAAUGAAGCAGACAGAUGAUGAGCACAAUCAGGUAAUAAAGCAGACAGAUGAUGAGGACAAUCAGGUAAUGAAGCAGACAGAUGACGAGGACAAUCAGGUAAUGAAGCAGACAGAUGAUGAGCACAAUCAGGUAAUAAAGCAGACAGAUGAUGAGGACAAUCAGGUAAUGAAGCAGACAGAUGACGAGGACAAUCAGGUAAUAAUGUAG